AACAGUGUCUCCUCCUUUCCCCAGACCUGCCAAGAUGUCUGGGCACAGCUGGAGCCAGAAGACGAAAGCAAGGGAGGAGGAGGAGGAGGAGGAGGAGGAAGAGGAGGACCCUUUAGACCAGAUGAUCCAGCGCACUGGUUGCGCCAGUUUCCACUACGCUGUGCUGGAGUGCAUGGCAGAGCACCAGGACUGGCGGAAGUGCCAGGAGCAGGUGCAGAGCUUUAGGACCUGCAUGGCAGAACAUCAGAAGCAGAGAGUGGAAGAGAUGCAGAGGAGGCAGAAGCUGCACCGGACCACCAGCUGACCGAAGGGAAGAGAAGCAGGGAACUUGCCUGCUGGACUGGAAGGCUGCAGAGCAGCUAGAGCCCAGCAGUGCUGGUCCUUGACAAAGCUGCCACCGAUUCAGAAAUGUAGAAAGAGUCUGAUUUUUGUAGACGAAGAUGUGUAUACUGUCAUUACAUGCUAUUAACGUGGCAUGACAUUCUUUUUGCUUUUAACAGGAAAAAUGUGAAGUUUCCUGCCAAAAUGAAUGGAGUACUCUC